AAUAAUUCCCGCCGUUCCGUACUUGGAUCUGUGGUUGUCAAAGCGCGUAAGACGUAAAAACAUUUUUUAUAUACAGAACUUAAAAGGAUAUUGCCGACGGUCCUUAGAAUACAGUACUUGCUAAGAAUGCAACACCUGCAUGUUUUCCUAUUUUUCGGAUUGGCAUGGCUUAUAAUCCUCGGGAUGGUGCGGUCUCAAGAAAACGACGUGCCGAGCCCCGGCUGCAAGUAUUUAAUAUCGCCGGGCAACAUCACUCUCUCCUGUCCCGCCGGCAUGGACAUCCCCGUCAACUUUGACGUCACGAAGAUCCGCAAAAAUGUCCUGGAGAUCAAAAUCGCGGCGGGCAACGGCAACAUUCUCCGCUCCGAUGCGCCGCCGCUGCCGGCCGACCUUACCGCACUGCGGAAGAUCACGCUGUAUGGAUUCACCAAUGAGUACGACACACGCAUCGCCAUUAAGCGCUUCCUAGACAACGUCAAAGGCCAUAUUACCGAACUGCGAAUCUACAACAGCAAACUGGGCUUCCUGGAAGACACCUUCCUCGGCGGAUUCGAUCAGUUGACGAAACUGGACUUGUCUGGCUGCGAUAUUUUCGCCAUCGACACAGAUGCAUUUAGAGGCAGUCAAAGUUCUGAUCCGAUAAUGAGCGUCGAUUUGUCCGGGAACAGCAUCGAAAGCAUCGACUGGGCCGUUUUCCAGCCGUUCUCUUCGAAAUCAUUGUCACUGCAACUUGGAUCUCAAAAGCCGGGUCUGCAGUCCAUCAGCUGCUCCCAAAACUACACCUUCUCUAGACCGAUCGGUUCGGUGGGGCUCUAUUUCAACCGCUUGGAAUCCUUACUGCCGUGUGUCAUCGACUCGCUAAACUACGACGCUUCCAGCACUCUGUACGUGGACUACAACCCCUUUUGCCCGACGGACGGAAUGUGCGGCUGUCCCACGAUGGAACCCUUUCUCCGCUUCGCGUGCAAGGACGUCCCUGUCAACCUGGUGACCGGCUUCAAGUGCGGCCCGGCCAACAAUCAGCGAUCCUGGACGACCAGCCAAAUGCCGCCCAGCGCGCCCUGCGGCCACAGCAGCGGAGUGCAACGACUGUUGCACACCAGUUGGGGAAUCGUGGUAGCUACCGCUCUGACGUUGCUGUCGCGUUUGUGAAGAUAUCCAGUUGUACUUAUGAGCUCCGCUUGUUUCCUAACUCGGAAAAUGCCCUUUAAAUAGUUGAUAAUGCUGCAAUGCAUAGAAAACAACACGAAACAAUUAGCUUUCUUAUAAAUACAUUGUCAAUGCUCCUGCAUAUGUUCUUUAUUACAGCGGAUGAAUGUUGUCCAAGCGGUCUACCAUGUUGUGGCUAUCUGCUCAGAUCAGCUUACCUGGAUGAGCGCAGCGUGACUGCA